AUGGGGAUUCGUAGUCACCAGCUCUUGUUGUUAUUGUUGGCAUUUACCAUAAGUACAACACUUUUGCUAGUGUUAUCCAUCCAUGUAUUCCCUGAUCAAGUUGCAGACUUCAGUGGUGAAGUAAUGGUUGAAAGUGAAAGAUGGAUACUGGGCGAAACUGUCAGUACUAAAGAAAGACUGCUACGUAAAAAUGGCUACUAUAUACAUAAGGGCGAUGUUGCGUUCCAGUUUAUAAAUCCGGUGGAGAAAGUAGGUACCCCUGAGGAAAUGAAUUAUUUAAAUAUGGAACGAUUUGCAGAUAUCUCUGGUAAAGAGAUUUUGGAACCCUUAGACUAUGAUAUUGAAUCAAUUAGAUCUCCAGAAAACCCAGAUGGUUAUGAACGAGCAAGUGCUACGAUUGUAGCCUUGGCGAGAAACGAGGAUUUUGAUGAACUUGCAAAGACCAUCCUCAGCUUUGAGAAAAUGUUCAAUGCCAAAUUUCAAUAUCCGUAUACCUUUUUAAAUGAUGGAACAUUCAGCGACAAUUUCAAAAAGGGGAUGCAAGCACUUAGUAAAGCCCAAAUGGAGUUUGUCACUAUUCCGGAGUCACUUUGGCAAAUGCCUCCUCAUAUAGAUAAGAAGAAAGCCAAACAGCAAAUGAAUAAGCUUUCCAAAUCUGGUAUUAAAUAUUCUAAAGAUUUCUCUGUCAAUAAUAUGUUACGAUUCUUUUCAGGGAACUUUUAUCAUGUGCCUGAGAUGAAGAAAUAUCGUUAUUAUUGGAGAAUAGAACCUAAAGUCAGUUUCUUCACUGAAUUGAAAUAUGACGUGUUCAAAUAUCUUCAAGGAACAGGGAAACUUUAUGGGUUCAGUAUUAGUUUAUACGAUAAUCCAUUAACUGUGGAGACCCUUUGGCCCGAGACAAUGGGAUUUCUCAAUGAAGGUUCAAACUUCCAAUAUGUCAACAAAAAGGGAUCCUUCCAAUGGCUUACCGAAAACCAACAGCUUCCUGGUGUCAAUGCUAAGGCAAAUGGGUAUUCGACGUGUCAUUUCUGGUCCAAUUUCGAGAUAGGGGAUAUGAACUUCUUUAGAGGUGAGGCCUAUAGUCUGUGGUUCCAACAUUUGGAUACCACAAACAAGUUUUACUAUGAAAGAUGGGGUGAUGCUCCUGUUCAUUCUAUUGGGUUGGGAUUAUUUGCUGAUAAAUCAAAGAUUCAUUGGUUUAGAGAUAUUGGGUACUUCCAUUACCCAUACUAUAACUGUCCUAAAGCAGAGAAUACUCGUGGUUGUUUGCCCGGUCAGUUUUCAGAGAGUUUGGAAUUACAGGACCGGAAUUGUCUUCAAAAUUGGAUCGAUUACAGCAUAGACAAUCUAAAUAAAAUAUACUAA